GCCCGCCGGAUGCCGCACAGCUUGGGGGCCGGGCGGGAGGUCGCAACUGCACAGUCCUGACGGGGCGCCCGCCCGGAACUGCUCCAGCCUCUCGGUCCCGGCAGCCGGGCUGGUGACCCGAUGGAGCUGGGGGGCUGAGCGACGCCACGACUGGGACGCAGCCCCUCGGAUCUACCUGCAAAGCCAGCCGACUGCGUCCUAGCCGUCGGCUGGAGGAACGAUGGUCACAGAGACCGAGGCCGCGGGGCUCCGCUCACCCGCCUGCCCCUCCAGCGCCCCCGACCCGCGCCCCGGGGAAAACGCAGCUCGGCCGGAGUUCGCCCUGAAGGCGCGCCACGCCCCCUCCCCAAUCUGAGCCUCUCGUGGCGGCGCCGGGGCGGGAACAGCACCGCAUCCCCGUUCCAAGCAGAAGCGGCCUCUGCGUCCUCUCGCUCGGACCUUCGGCGUUGAGGAAAGCGGAUUUGAAACCAGGAGUCUGGGCGGACGUGGGGAGCUGGCUCCGCAGGAGCGGUCGCGGCGGCGGCCCCGGGAGCCGCGGGGCCGGGGGAAGCGCCCAGCGGACAUGGGUGAGCCGGCCGUCGGGCGGCGGGGAGCGAGCUGAGCGCCCGCCCGAGCCCGACCUCCCGGGAGAGCUGGGAGGGAGUCCGCCCGCGAUCACGGCCGCCCGGCGCGGGGUCACCCCGGGGGCCUGGCCAUGGCCUGCCGCGGCUGCGGCUGCGGCCCGGGCCACCUGAACGAGGACAACGCGCGCUUCCUGCUGCUCGCGGCGCUCAUCGUGCUCUACCUGCUGGGCGGCGCGGCCGUCUUCUCGGCCCUGGAGCUGGCGCACGAGCGCCAGGCCAAGCAGCGCUGGGAGGAGCGCCUGGCCAACUUCAGCCGCCGCCACAACCUGAGCCGCGACGAGCUGCGCGGCUUCCUCCGCCACUACGAGGAGGCCACGGAGGCCGGCAUCCGCGUGGACCACACCCGCCCGCGCUGGGACUUCACCGGCGCCUUCUACUUCGUGGGCACCGUGGUGUCCACUAUCGGGUUUGGGAUGACGACUCCCGCGACAGUAGGAGGCAAAAUCUUUCUGAUCUUCUAUGGCCUCAUUGGGUGUGCAAGCACCAUCUUGUUCUUCAACCUCUUCCUGGAGCGGCUGAUCACCGUCAUCGCCUACAUCAUGAAGUCCUGCCACCAGCAGCAGCUCCGGAGAGAGGGGGCCCUGCCCCGGGAGAGCCCCAAGAACCAGGGCCUCUGCAGUGCGGUGGGCGGCCUGGCGGGCUGGAAGCCCUCCGUGUACUACGUCAUGCUGAUCCUGUGCCUGGCCUCCCUCCUCAUCUCCUGCUGCGCCUCGGCCAUGUACACCUGCGUCGAGGGCUGGAGCUACUUCGACUCCCUCUACUUCUGCUUCGUGGCGUUCAGCACCAUCGGCUUUGGGGACCUGGUCAGCAGCCAGAACGCCAUGUACGAGAGCCAGGGCCUCUACCGCUUUGCCAACUUCGCCUUCAUCCUCAUGGGCGUCUGCUGCAUCUACUCCUUGUUCAAUGUCAUCUCCAUCCUCAUCAAACAGUCGGUGAACUGGAUCCUGAGGAAAAUGGGCAGCGGGUGCUGCCGGCAGUGCCGGGGCGGCCUCCCGCGGGCACGCAGGAACGCGGUCAUGCCAGGCAACGACCCCUCAGAAACGGGCGGGGUGAUGGAGAGCGAGGCGGGUGGGCGGUGCCCCUCGGAGGAGAUGAUCUCCAUGAAGGACUUCCUGACCGCCAACAAGGUGUCGCUGGCCAUCCUGCAGAAGCAGCUGUCCGAGUCGGCCAACGGCUGCCGCCUCCAGACGGGCACGCAGCCUCGGGACAGCGAGUUCUCAGGGGGCGUGGGGGCCUUUGCCAUCAUGAACAACAGGCUGGCAGAGACCAGUGGGGACAGGUAGGACCGAGGCGGCCGAGGGGAGAGCGGCCGGGAGAGGAGCGUCACCGAGCUCGGCUCUGCCCGUGGCCGGGCUCGUCCUGGGCCAUGCCUCUGGCUUCUCGAAGCCUGGCUUCUUUGGGCUCCAACAAACAGCCGGCUUUCAGGGCCGCGGAAGCUGAAGCCCCGAUGCCUUCCUCCUUAUCUUUAUUCUUUUCAUUUAAAUUCAGUCUUUUAAACACAAAUCAUAGAGCAGCCCAAGACGGUGGGCUGUUUCUUUGCUCUCCUGCUCCAGGGUUUUAACUAUUUGCUGGAGAGGGGGGGAGGGUAAGCCUUGAUCUCCUGCCGCUCUGACCUUCCUGUGGAAAUAAAACCCCUCCAGGUCCUGAUUUCCUCCUGGAAACCCGCAUGGCCUCCUUCACCUCCUCCCUCCCCGGCCCGUCAGCGCGAGCAGGGGAAGCGUGCGGCAGGUCUGGGCUCCGGCCGCCUUCAGAGCAGGUUGCUCUGCGGUGCCACGGCCAAGGCCACCAUCUGUUUUAGUCUAUACCUGGUUCCCUGCUUUUUGCUUUUCCUUUUUUUUUUUUUUAAGAUCUUAAUGUUUGGCCAAAAGUGUCUUUGGGACCUCCGUGUGCUAAGAACAUGAAAUUCAGCAGCGAAGAGGUGGGGGAGCCUCAGCUUUGAGACUAAAGAAUACGGUUGGACAUUCUCCCUGUCCGCGGGCACGGGGACCACUUCCUUCUUACCAGGCCUGGGGGCCCAUGGCGAAGAUCAUGCCUGACUAUUUGUUAGAACUGGAAACUCAAUAAA